AUGGCGACUCCGAUCGGUUUUCCUCGUGUCCCUUCGACUGUCAGGGCCCUGGUCGAUGAAGCCAUUGGGUCGGAUGCAUCCGCGCGCAUCGCCACCGACAUUCUGGCGAUCGCGCAGGGUGUGACCAACACCCAGGCCGACCUCGACAUACUGAGGAACGGAGUCUCGGAUGUUACCGAAGUGCUCGAGAACAAGAUCCGAGACAUGUGGGAGCUUCUUCAAGCCGAGUUGAGGGAAGAGCGUGAUUUGAUCACGCUCAACUCGAUUGUAAACGAUCGACUCAUCGAGUUUGAUGAGCGGAUCCACCGGGACAACGAGAAGCGUGCUGGAUCGCUAUCCAUGCAGCUUGCUGAGACGAUCUGCCACAUCAAGCAGUACCCGGACGCGCUACAGCAAAUCCAGAUCAUUAUCUCAAAUGCUGAAGCGCGCGUCGCUGCGGUUGAACAGAAUGCUACUCACCGCAUCGAAGUCAUCAGAUCUGAGAUGAGUCGUGCUCUCUACGAUCAUAAGGAGAGUAACCGAGCUCUUAUCGAUCAGCUUACUGCUCGUGUUCAGUAUCUCGAGAGCGCCCAUGUCCGCAGAGGCGGUUCUGAUAGAUCGACGCCUUCACGACCGGAACGAACGCAGUUCUUCGAUAUCAGCGACCAUGAUGGGGAAACCCCACGUCCUGCGGACUUGCCACCAGUUCCUGGUGCACUAUUCCCUGGCGAGCUCAGCAACGAGUCGCUGACGAACAUCUUGGUGAAAGUCGUGGUCAAAGUAAUCUUGUUGAGCCCGUUCGACAAAAUUAUGGCCAAACGUCAGCUUCUUCUUCGGGAAGAUCGCCGAAUCCCGCCGUUCCUCCCGCAAAUGCCGUUGGAGCAACUUCCGGUCAGGCUCCGAGCCUCAGGCCAUUCCCUGCCGAGGAUGCUUUUCGCACUGACGUUCGACACGUCCCUGAGACUCGAAGCUUUGCUCCUGAGCCACGGGAAAGGGCCGUCGAGAUGGUACAACGCUAUGCUCGGCCGAUCAAGCCUAGUUGGCGACGGUGCCAGCGCCCCUAUUCUCCACAGAGAGACUGGCACCUUGACAUUGGCACCAAGCGCGAGCGUCACAGCUACGCUUCGACCUGCCACGAAUACCGAUGCUAUGCCUCCGAUGCCCACCUUCAAUGCCAGAACAUCUGUUCCUGCACCAAGUGCCGUUCCAUCCGGGUUCGGUGGGCCACCACCUGCGCCUCACGGACACGAUGGUCCCUCUGGCGGUGAUGGCCCCAACGAUAAUGGGGGUGCGUAUGGCGGUGGUUUCGGCGGCAUGGGUGGUCCGCCCGAUGGAGGUCUUGAUCCGCCAAGCGUUCGACCUUCCGGACGACCGAGUGGGAGCGAUGUUUUCCAGUCCGAGCGAUGCACCGGAACAUUCCCGACCACCGUUCGACGGAUAUGUCUCGUUUGCCUGGAGAGACAGACGGGUACUCCGCCUGGUCCCAACGAGUCGGGACCUGGUGGGCCCAAGGGCGAUGGAUCGUUGAGCGAUGCGAAGAAGGCGAAGUGUAAGUCCUUCCGGCUCGAUCCUGAGCCUGAGCCCGCCCAGCUGCGACGCUGGAUUGUUGACAUGAAAGAGCGGGUUGCCAACGCAUUCGCAUACAAUCCGGGAUACGCUCUCUCUUGGGUUGAAAUUCCCGAUGGUACCCGUUACGAGGACCUUCUGGAAGAAUGCAAGUACGGAAUGCUCGUGAACGAAUGCAAUUCGGCGACUCGACUUUCAAGCUCCGUUGAUCUUGUGAAGACCACGAUUGAUCGGUUUACGCACGGAUCCGAGCAGGAAAGGCUAGAGGCCUUCACCAACCGGUGGGAUCAUGUCCUUGCUGGCAUUUCCGUCGAUCGCCCUGAAGAUCCAUUCCUCUGUGCCCUCUUCUACGAGCAGGUACGUGAGUUCCGAUGCCUUGAGCUCGAUAUGCAAUUGUGGGACAGAGAUGUUUCCGUGUGGAACUACGCAUAUUUGCGAACCGUUUGCGUCAAUGCGAUUACAACUUGGCGUAGACGGCGCAAUGAGGAGGCGAUCCUCUUCUGCGCAGUGCCGUUAUGCUGCACCUGCGCACGGAAGUCCACACCGGAGAAGCUCGCCGAGGCGAUCAUCGCCCAGACGAUCUUCCCCGAGACGCGGUUCGCCGAGGCGGUACUCUCGCAGCCCCGGAAGAGCUGCCCCUGCUCCAACACGCCGAUCUCCUUCACGAUCCCCGCGAGGAGUCCGGCAUAUGCUUCUAUUACGGACGAGGCAAUGACAGCGUCCUCCUCUGGAGACUUCACGUUCGCUUGUGCUGCAUCGUUCGAUGUGGCGUGUCCGUCGGUCAAGCGGAAGACAGUAUCGUUUGGGGAUACUGAAACCCGCAUGAUUGAGUCUUCUUUCCCGGAGCCAGUCUUUGGUCCCGUCAAUCGCGAGAGGAAUCUGAACUAUUCGUGGCCACAAGAUAUCCGUGGUCUGAAUAGUGCUCGCGAGCGGCGCAGGGCUCACAUGAAGGCCGUGCUUUGGAGAGAGCAGGCUUUGCUCGACGACGUUGAUGCCAAAACGUUAGGAAAUGAUGCUUGUGUUCUGGAGCUCACGCUUUCAAAGCGUAGCGCCUGCGAAGUCUUUGCUGCUGCUGUCAAGUCCAUCAAGAGGGACCGCCAAUGGAAGACCAACAUCAAGGGUGUGGCGCAUAUGCGCAUUGACGGCCUUGAUGAGCUGAUUGAGGCUUAUGCUUUGGAGAGCACCCCGAGUCUCCUUUCCCUUGGGAAACGAUGUAAGGAGCUCGGUUACCGAUUCAUAUGGGAUCCUUACUGUGAUCCAAUUUUCUUUGACCCCAACGGGAGGCGACUCAAGGUCGAUGUGAUAAACAACAUCCCCUACCUCACUCCUAGUGAGACUGAGGUUGUGGCUGGACGUCCUGAUCUCCCACGAGUUUACCCGGCUCUCCCAGCGCCUAUUAUAGUCCAUGAAAAGGUUGUUGCAGCUGGUGAGGAGCCUGUUGACGAGCUUGAUGAUAUUGGAGAGCUCGACCUUGACAUGCCUGGUGCCAAAGGUGCUCGAAAGAAUCCUGACGAUCAAAAGAAGGCACCUGAAAAGUCCAAGCCUCAGUCGCCGCCCGAUGAGCCAAGAGCGCGCGAUCUGAGGGAGGAGGCAAAGUCGGACUCCCCACGCGAUAAAGGGUUUGAGAAGUUUGGCGAGCAUGUUACCAUCGGGAGAACGAAUGCCGAUACGCUGCGAGCGUUCCAACAGGUCUUUGGCGAUCUCAAAGAUGUGAACUCGUGUUCCAUGGAUGUAGAGAGAAGGUAUGCUCCUUCGGGAAUCCGGGAAAUCUACUGUGAUAAAGCCCGCGAGUUCAUAUCGACCUGUAAGAAAGUCGGCAUUUCCGUGAAGCACUCCACCCCUGGAAGGCCCCGGACUAACGCUAUUGCCGAGAGCAAGGUGAAGCUUGUUCUUCAUGGUGCACGCGUGGCACUGAGACAAGCAGGAUUAAGCGCCAAAUUCUGGCCCUAUGCUUGCAAGCACUUCUUCCAUGCUCGCAACAUCGAGCUACGCGAAGGCCACAGUGCUUACAUGUUGCGAUUCGAUGGGGCCGAAUUUGAUGGACAAAUCCUUUCGUUUGGAUGCCUUGUUGACUUCUUUCCAACGCCGGCACGAAAACAGAACCGGCGAAAUCAGAGAGACGAAGUCGUUAUACUCGGUGAUGGUGAAGAGUAUGCUGUCCCUGCUCCUGGGGAUGAUGGAUUGAUUGACGUCGAGGCUGGUUUCGAUGACGAUGGAUUUCUCGAAUGGAUCGACGACGGAGGCGAUGAUCAGUCAGGAGUUCUCCAAGGUGGAGAAGUCGACCAGCGAUUUCCAUCCUAUCAGCCUCCCAGUAAAUUCUCGCCUACCAGCAAACCUGGUAUCUUUCUAGGGUACCACUUUGAGAAUGGGGGCAAGUGGGAUGGUGAUUACAUUGUCGCUGAUCUUGAGGAUUUCAAGCGCGACGCCACGCGUGCAAGUGUUCAUCAGGUUAAGAAGGUGUACAGUUCGCCUAAAGAACGAUGGACAUUUCCGAUGCUGGCGGUGUACGAUAAACAAACUCGCUCGGUAUGCCUCAAUGAUCCUGCGAUGCAAUCUAACAUACCGAAGCCGAGUGAGUGCCUGGAUGCUUCCGACAUGAUCGAGCUCGAGGAUAUCGAUGAAAUAUUCGCCCUCGACGAGCCGACGCGAAUGACCGAUGAUGACAUUCAGCGGGCUCGCGAGGCCGAGUUACGAGCCGAAUCCUGUCACGGAGGAUAUAAGAGCCGCGUAGCGAUCUAUGAAACUGGGUAUGCCUUCGGUAAAACGAGACUGAUGCAACUCUGGACCGGCACCGUUGAAUUCUUUGAUGAUGGCUUCGCCCCACCCAAGAAGAAGCUGCCCCCGUAUCAUGGGUCUGAGAUCCUGGAGGGCGAGGGGGGUUUGCCCUAUCAACAGCGUGUGCCGCGAGCAGAGCGCUCGUACCGAGGCUCUAGGAAGCCAAAUUCCAUCGACUCCGAGUCAUGGCGUAGCAUGAAUCGCGCUGAGCGGGAAGGAUACGUUGAGGCUGACCGCCGUGAGGCUGAGUCUCAUGCCAUGUCACGGGAAGACUCCCGUGAUGCCGCGCCCGUUGACAUUGCUUUCGACUCUGACUACGAGUCGAGUGCCGAGCGGCACGAUAAAGACUACUGGUAUCACGAUGUCGCAGCUGGCACGAUCACUCGAUUUCAUGUGAUCGAGCGCCGAGCGCGGUUUAAUCCGACCUCAGUCAAAGACUGUCCAGUUGAUCCAGCAACCCCAACCGAUGUUCGGGUAACAAUGGCUAUGACCAAUGGUACGAAGUUUACGAUUCAAGACUCCUGGCGAGUGCGUGAUACGCGUUCUCUGCCGUGCCGAUGGACGGGCAAGACCAUCUUCGUCAUUGGUUCAUCUGCCAAAACGCAAGUGAAAGUUCGUACCACCAUGCCGAGUAAGGAUGGUACUGAACGUCGCGUGCAGACUGCCAAUGGAUACUAUGGUCAUGCGCUACGAGCGAAGGCACGAACUACCAUUCCUGCCAAAUCUUGA